AUGCAUAGCUUUGCUAUAUUAUUUCUGAUUCUUAUCGCUACCGUCCAAGUAGCCGAAGCCACAACGGAGACUCAAGUUAUUACACCCUACUCUGAAAUUCAUCCAACGUUGACAAGUAGCUCUGUUACUACUGCAACAUUUUCGGGGAAAACUCACGACCUAACAAAUAAAUCACUGUCCGACAGUUUGGAGAUAUUCAUUUUUAAUUUGAUAGUUGGUAUUUUCGCCGUCUGGCAGUCUAUGAUCAGUACCUACAAGUGCAUCAGACGACGGAGGUCUAUUCCGACAACUAGUUCGAUUUCGACUGAUAUGGGACAGAGUGACAGAGACACAAUAACGGCUAUAAUGAAUAUAGAUAAUGUAAACAGUAUAAGCAAUAUAAAUAACGUAUACAUCCGAAGGCGGAUUGAUGUUCAGACUGAUCUUGAGCAGAGGCGCGCUGGCUUUACUAUGAAUGUACGUAAUGUUGAUAGUAUAAAUAACGUAAAUAACGAAGUCGUAAUACCAUUGGACUUGAAUUGUUGA